AUGAUCCGCAUCCAUUUAGCUAACCUGUACCACGGUGUUUCACCCGAUCAAUUUCAAGCCGAUCGUGUUCUACGGGAGGAUGUGUGCGCCCUGGCAGAAGGACGGCUGAUCGGGGAGCUCAUAGCAGCUGGGCAUGAGAUCCCUCCUGGCAAUGAGAUUAGGAAACCACCUGAGUUUGAGGUGAUUGGCGAUGAGGUGGAGGAUAGGGAGUGGAGAGCGGAGAUGGCAGAGCGGAUGCAUAGGCUGGAGGUUCGAAAUGAGAGUCAGGCAGUGGCUAUUGCCAAGCUCGAGAGGCAACAACGUGAGCUGAUGCUGUCCCGUACUCCACAGCCGGGCAUUGGCGGUGUGGAUAUAGGGGAGGGACAUGGUGAUGUGGGAGGGGACGUUGCAGGAGAGGGACAUGUUGAUGUGGGACAGGUAGCUACAGGGCAGGGACAUGGGGAUGCGGGAGGGGAUGCUGUAGGGGAGGGACAUGGGGAAGUGGGAGGGAACAACGCUGGCACACAUGACAGCAUGAGAGGUGCACAUGGCGAGGGUCCUGAGGCUGACGUUGAGGCGGGUGUAGGUGGGAUUAACAGUAAGCUUGAAAAAGAUGGAGAUGGUGAUAUGGCGGACGGUGCGAGGAGGGACGAUGAGGAACUGGGGUUGCGUGAUGAAGGUGCCAAAGGCCGCCCACAUUUGCCGACCGUCCCUCUCCAGCUCAACGAUGGUGGAGUUGAGCGUGGAGGAGAGGCGGUGCUUGGAGGGACUGACGACGCAAGGGGUUGCAAGGAUAGUGGAGGCCAAGCGGUGGGCAGAGUGGAGGAACUGGCGAGAAGUGCUCGGCAGCCUCCCUGA